AUGGGAAAUCUUUGGGCUUAAUGUUUUGAGGAUGAACCAGAAGAGACAAAUGAUUAAUAUAUUAAGACAAAUAAGUAGAAAGGUGACAAAUCGCAAAAUGUUUCUGUGCAAAAUAUCAAAAAAGAUUAAGACUAAUGGUUGUUUUAAUAAGAUUAAAAGGAGAUAACAGAAAUAAGAAAAACAAUUUGGGAAUGUUCCUUCUGUCAGAAUCACUUUAAUUAAUUGGUGCAUUAAUAGAAUCUAGGAUUUAUCCUAUACCCUUAAAUUCGAUAGUAGGAAACCAGGAGUCAUUGUUCAAAAAUCAAUCAAUUAAAAGAAUCAAACUAAUUCUCUGAACCUUUGGCUAUUCUCCAAAACGAUCCAAUAUCUUAGUUCACAUCAGAAUGGUUCUAAUUGGCAUUAUCAUUACCAAAGUAUAUACGUAGUAGAGAACAUUUUGAAGGACUUCCAGAAUAGGAAUAAUACAAUUUCCUCAAUUCUACAUUAGAGGAACACGACCUUCAUUCUCUUAUUUGUUUGAAAUGGUGUGUUGUAGAUUUCUUUAAACAGUAACACUCUCUAUUUCCUAAAAAUUAAUUCUUGGAGAGUUGUUGUGUAGUGUUCUAUAACAUUGCUCAUUUGUGUCAAUUCUAUAAGGAAUUGUAUUUGGAAAAUUACAAACAAAAUGAUUUUGCUCACAACAUCAGACUCUACAUUAGGUUAUAUCAUUAAUAUUAGAAAUUGAUGAACACUUUUUAAAAUUAGUAUGAUCUACAAUGUGACAUAAUGCAAUUGAUGUACGAUAAGCAAUUUAAUAUUUAAAUAGACUAGUCUAAUUUCUAUCCCCAUUUUAAAUUAAUAGGUUACAUGAUCCGGUUUUGGUGUUAAAUCACAUUAACAACAGAAAUAUAGAACAUACUAAAAUUGAGUUUUAGAAAUCUAAAAAUAGAAGAAGAUAGAGACUUAAUAAAGAAAUACGUAAUAGUUGCUUUAGAUGUUGAUAUAAAUGAAUACAAUGUUCAUUGGAUAGGUCAUAGGAAGUUUUUUAGUUAUGAGAAGACUCUAUUAGGUUAUAACAAAAUCGAAUCUUUUGUAGAGGGAUAACAAUAAAUUGUUAAUUAAGAUUUCUAUUAACAAAUUGAUGAUAAAUUAGAUGAAUUGAGAUUACUAUAUCCUCAAUGGUUUUUUGAAGUGGAGUUCGAAUGUUUGGGAAUUCAACAUAAAAUUGCAAGGUUAGUAUCAGAGGUUAAAUCUUAGAAUUCCUUUGAGAUUGCUAAACUCAAGAAGUCUGAAGACACUGACAAUUUAGAGAGUGGUGGGAAUUAUUAGUUUGAAAUUAUUUUAAAUUCUGCCAACUCUCUAAAAUAGGAGAAUUCAGAAGAUAAGAAGGUUGAGUUGAUGGCAUUGUACUUAUAAGAGUCUAAUUUGAUGCCUAGGUCUAAAUUCAGGUAAUCUAGCACUUUUCAAUCAACUCUUGCGUCUUUAGGGUUUAAAUAGAAAGGAUACAAUUCUUCAACGCAGAGUACCUUGAAGGCUAGUUAAGAGGCUCUGCAAAUAAGCAAAGAGAUUGGAGUAGAGUACAAGUAGAAAUUAACUGAAUUCAAUGAUCGAUUACGGAGAGUUUAAGAAAAUAUCAAUUCAAGAGAGCAAAUCUUAGAAGAAAGAGCUAAUCUAUUGAAAAUUCCCAUUGAUGUUAAUCUUGAAUGGCUCAGCUUUUUUAAGAAAACAGAUUUUAGUAAGAUCCCUGUAGAUGACAAAGCAUUCAAGAAAUACAUCAGAAACAUACUGCAAACAUUGGCAUCCUUAGAUUCAUGUUAUGAAUCUCAACUAACUCAAUUCUGA